UUCCUUAUUUCCUUCAUCCUUUUCCUUGGUCAUAUUUUUGAAAUGAAAGUUUCGGAAUUCGGAAAAUAAUUCAGAAAAUAAGCAUUUUAAAUUUAAAUUUGAACAAUAUACAUUAUUUAUUUUACUUCUAGCUUCAACAGCAACUUAUACGUCGCUUUCAUUAAUUUUAAAACUAUGGAUUUAGACGAACAUCAAUUAAACUUUUUAAUCAAAGCUUCUGGUGCCGUAUCAAUAAUUCAAAAUAAAGAAACUAAGCAAAUUAUGCGGAGCUUCUACUUGACACGUUACAAACAGGCAACUGGAUCCACCAAACUACCACAAAAGCAGUUUUCAAGUGAAGUAAGAUGCCCUCGUUGCUCUAUAGAGUGGACAAGAGAUACAGAGAGAAGAGUAAAGCCAAUAAAAUUAAGUAAAAGGCAAAGACGCAGAAUCAGAUCCAAUGGAAAGGUUAAAAAUAAGUCUGCUAACAAGGAUUACUUAUUACAUAGCAAUAUCCUGGAAAAGGUGUGUUCAUUUUGCAAUCACACAACAAAGAUACCUAUAAUAAAACCAAAUAAAACCUGUGCACAUAUUGAAGAAGAAAAAUCUGUUGACCAUCCUAAAAUACCUGAGAAGCAAAUUAAAAUGGAUACAACACAAAAUAAUGAUAAGAAGGAGGUAGAUGUAUAUAGUAAAUCAAAUGAAGUAUUUUCUUUAAGCAAACACAAAAAUACUCUCUCUAGUCACAUAAAGGAGCCGCCAAAAAUAAUCAAAAACAAUAAACGAAAGAAAGACAAAUUCGCAGGGCUAUGUCAAACAGCUGUCAUUGCUGCUACUAAAUUGAAAGAGGAAAAAGAAAAGCAAAAUAAGUUGAACCUAUUCCUGAAACCAUCAAAUUGAAAUCAUGCAGUAAUAUACAAAUAUGGCUUUUAUAGACAGAAUUAUGUAUUGGAAUUUGUCACAGCUGCGAGUAUCAUGAGUACAAAAAUAUUAUUUAUUUCAUAAUUAAAACACUUGUAUUUAUGUAUUUUUUAUUACAAUUAAAUGUAUAUCCAUUA